AUAACCCAAGAAAUAAUAUCCCCUCUGUUCCCCUCCUCCACAGACAAGUCAUGUAAAAGAUCGUCGUCACGUCUCUCUUGGUACAUCGAAAUAGCCAUGGAAACUUUAAGCCCAUCUGCUUCCAUCGUCUCUUCUUCGUCUUCUUCUCUCUCCUUCUUCUCCCCGAAGAGAUUGGAUUCUCCUGCAAGAUUCCUCCGAUUUCAUACUUCUUCCAAAAAGAAUGAAAGCGAGUCCGAUCUCCGAUCUGAAUCGAACGAUUCAAGCAUCGUCCCUUUCUUUAACAACCCAACUCUUUCCAAGGACGCGGCGAUGGGGUUGGUUUUGAGUGCUGCUUCCGUCAGGGGCUGGACUACUGGUUCCGGCAUGGAAGGGCCUCCGGUGCCUGCUGGCGCCGACGAAGGAUCCAAUACGGAGAAGGUUUCGACCUUACCGUGGUCUCUCUUCACAAAAUCUCCACGUAGGAGAAUGCGCGUUGCUUUCACUUGCAAUGUUUGUGGUCAAAGGACCACUCGCGCUAUUAAUCCCCAUGCCUACACAGAUGGCACGGUUUUCGUUCAGUGCUGUGGGUGCAAUAUUUUUCACAAGCUUGUGGAUAAUUUGAACCUGUUUCACGAGAUGAAGUGCUAUGUGAAUCCGAGCUUCAAUUAUAGAGAUGCAAAAUGGGAUGGUGGAUUCAAGUUCUUUGAUAUGGAUGAUCAUGAUGGUGAUGAUGAUCGAAAUGAUGUGUUCCCAAUCUAAAGAGGUGAAAUAUUUGAUUUUAUAAUGUAAAGUCAUUCCUUAUACUGGAACUGAUUUGUAUGUCAUUGUAUAUAGUUCUUUACUGAUCUUUUAAUUGAUGGGUUAGUAUUUAAUAAGUCUGGAUUCACUUCAAACUGAAUAAUUUUUCAUACUUUGUUAGUGUAUAUUUAUAAUGGAGACACAAAACAAUGCUUAUUCAAUAUUAAGAAUUUUGGCGUGGUGUUGUUGAUA